AUGGGGGACGAGGAGGCGAGGAGGCGGGACAUCGCGGCGCGCAUCGGCGCAGCCAUCCGGGACGCCCAGUACGCCCUGACCGUCAACUCCCCGCAGCGCGUGCCCAACGCGAUGUCUGAGUCGCACGCGGCCCUCGUCGCGCUCUCUGAGUACCUCGCGCUGCCAAACGGCGUCCCAAAGGCUGCCGCGGUGGCGAAGCGCAUCGCGAAGGUGUGGCGCUCCAUCAUGGCGCUGCUGCACCACGGGGGAAGCGCGGCGGCGAGCACCACGCAGUGCGACACCGCCGACCUCCACGACGAACUCACGGGCCACGAGCGCUCCAUGCUCCACUUUCUUGACGAGGCCGCCGACGAUAGCGAGCUCCAGAGGCUGCGGGAAAAACUCGCCGGCCUGCAAGAGGAGCGUGACGGCGUCGCCGCGCUGCUGCACGGGGCCCAGCAGGAGCUCGCGACGCUCAAGGCGUCGAUAGACAGUCAAACGCGCGACUCGCCCCCCUCCACGGCGGAGUUAGAACGCGUGCGGAACGAGAACAACAAUUUAAGGGAACUCCUUCAGGAGGAAGUUCUGAAGGCAACGGCGUUGGCUGAGUCCUUGAGCGAGUCUAACGCGCAGCUGCACCAAAUGCGCCUCACAAAUGCCGCCAUGGAGGCCUCCUUGGAGCAGCACCGCAGCGACCUCAAGGAGAAGGAGAGGGAGCUGGCAGCCGCGGUUCGAGCGGCGUCGAGGGCCGCGGUCUUGGCUUCGCCGGCGACCGACACGGACGAGCUGGAGGCGCUUCAUCUCCAAGUCAAGCUGCUGCGACAAGCACUGCGAGAGUGCAGUAACAACUCUGACGCCGCAGAGAUUAAAGCAGGCAAAAAGACAUUGGUAGAUGUCGAAUACGAACACCAGGAACAACUCCUGGCGAUGAAGGAGACCCUAGAGGCACAGUGCAAACGGGAAAGCAACCUUACCCAACACAUUGAGAACCUAAAAAAAUUCAUCGUUGAGACGGAAAACGAACUUGCGCACGCGCGGCAGCGCGCCGAGGAGGCGGAGCGUGUUUCCCAGGAAACGCACGGCACCGUGGAGCGGCUGGCCACCCUCGAGGCGGCCCUGGAGCACGAGCGGGCGCAGCACGCAGACGAGGUCGAAAGCCUCCGUGUGGCGCUUGAGCACGCGCGGCAGCGCGCCGAGGAGGCGGAGCGUGUUCCCCAGGAAACGCACGACACCGCGGAGCAGCGCCACGGCGAGCAGCUGGCCACCCUCGAGGCGGCUCUGGAGCACGAGCGGGCGCAGCACGCAGACGCGGUCGAAAAGCCUCCGUGUGGCGCUUGA